AGUCAUUUGAAUUUUUGCAGAUUUCACUUUGUGUAUAUAGAAACGGCAAUCAUUCCAAACGGUAUAGCAAGAACGUGUGCGUAAGCAAUGGAGGAACACCUGUUGAUGUGCUAUGGUGACACUGCGAGUCUGGCCAGUGCACUUUCGAAAAGAGACAUCAAUGCAUUCCGACGCAUACUUCAAUCGCCAUCGGACGUGGAAAAAUAUGAUACUGAAUCACAAAUGUCGAUCUUUGAAAUGGCCUGUCAAACUCCCGGUUGCGCCGAAUUCAUUCUCGAAUGCAUUCAAGUCGGCUGCGAUGUUAAUAAGCUCAAUCCGGAGCAUCAAAAACGGCCGAUAAACUUUUGCGUUGAAUCGCACAACUACGAUAACCUCGCCGCUUUAUUGAGCGAUCCCGGUGUAAAUGUCGAUGCAAAAUACUCUACUUUAACUCCGAUUAACUAUCUCGCCGAACAAAUUUCCGAUGCAAAUUUCAGUACUGUAUACCGUUGCAUGAAAUUAUUACUGAAGCAUUUUGCUGAUUUAAAUAUUGGUAACAGGCGUGAGAUGACACCAAUUCUCACCAUUUUAAAGAAUAAACACUUGAGUGCACCGAAUAAAGAGCUGAUCGUGACGUAUUUGCUUGAAAAUGGUGAUGUUGACAUCGACACACCACGCAAAGGCGAAGCACGAGCUACGCUUACAAAAUUGAUGCCAGACUUGGACUUACCACCGAUUCGUGAUCAAAGUAUUGCGCAAAGUUUUGAUUUCAAUCGACUGAUGGUGAGCCUUCUCAAUGAAAAUGAAACAGAAUUUUUGCAAGGACUUAAUUACAUCGCCGAAUAUAAACCAGAUCAGCUACCCGAACUAUUUCAUGCAAUUGAUAACAACGAAACGCUCAUGAUAUUGGCUUGCAAAAAAGGUUUGACAUCGGCAGUGGAGCGAAUGUUACGUCUGGGCGCCGAUGUUAAUCUACCGGUAGACACUCCAUAUGAUCCAUUAAAUCCAAUUAAAUCCGCUUGCCACUUUGGCCACUGGAAGGUCUUGGAGGUGUUGACGAAAUCACCAAAAUUAAAUUUAAACCAAUCGGGUGCCUUGCUGUCCAUCGUUGUACAGAACAUCGGCGAACGUGUAACACAAAAAUGCAACUAUACAAAGUGUUUUGAAAUACUAUUAAAUCACCCGAAUAUCGAUAUCAAUCAAACUGACAUCAACGAUUGUUCUGCACUUCAUUAUGCCGUUAAAUACAAUAAUGCAGAUGCUAUUUUGGAAUUAUUGCGACGUGGCGCCUACAUUGGUGUGAAAAAUAAAUUCAAUCGCUUUACUAUUUCAAGCAUCAACCCAAAAGUGCUUGAAAAACACUUUGACAAUUGCAUCACCACCAAUCAAGCACGACCGGGAGACGACAAUUUUGCCAUUCAAUUUGAUUACACCAAUCUGGUUCCGAUUGAAACGCGCGAAACUUUACGCGAAACAUCAACCGAUGAAUGUAAAAAAGUGAUGGACGUGUGCCCAGACGAAAUGGAACCCAUCGAAUAUAUCGCUGAUUCAACAGAGCUUCGUCACCUAAUCAGACACCCGUUGAUAUGUUCGUUCUUGUAUUUGAAAUGGAAUCGUUUGGCAUUCUUUUUCUAUGUGAAUUUUUUGCUGUGUUCAUUGUUCGCCAUAAGCACAGUUUCGUAUAUUUUGGUGUGUUAUAACGAAGAACCCAGUUCGUAUGAAUUAAAACAUUUGAUGCGGAGCGUGACCAUCGUGCUGACUGUUUAUAUUACGCUACGAGAAAUAUCACAGUUUAUAUUUGCACCGCGUAGUUAUUUAAAAGGAUUAGAAAACUAUCUCGAAUGUACUUUAAUUGUGCUGGUGGUGUUGAUUUUGUUUGAUCUUUGCGUUGAAGAAUGGCGUCGAACAGUUGCCGCAUCAUCGAUUCUAUUGAUAGCCAUCGAAAUAUUCUUACUGGCCGGUUCGCUACCAUUUUGGUCGUUUAGCACACACUACGUCAUGUUAAAGACGGUUACAUGCAGCUUCUUAAAGGGUUUAUCGUUGUAUGCCAUCAUGUUAGUUGCAUUUUCAUUGUCAUUCUUCACAUUAUUGC